AUGAAGCCAAUAAUUCUGAGAGGUCAUCACAGACCAUUAACGUGUGUUAAAACAAACAAACACGGAGAUUUACUGUUUACUUGCGGAAAGGACGCAGUUUUGGCACUUUGGAGAACAGAUACUGGCCAACAACUAGGCCGCUACAACUGUGGAAGAGGUGCCGUAUGGGGAUGUGACAUAACGUUUAAUUCAAAACUAUUGGUGGUAGCCUCAGGAGACUCAAAAGUCCUGAUUUUUGAUGCGGAAAGAGGGAAUCUUCUCCUUGAAAUAUUAGAAGAAGGAUCUUGCAAAUAUGUCGAGUGGAACAAGAAUCCAGCUGGACAGAACAAGUUCGUAGUGUGCCAUGACGACUUUGGAGAAUCAGUCAAAAUGGCCACCAAGGUUUACGAGGUUACAACCAGAAUGUUACAAGACGGAACUGUGGACCUUAAUUAUCGUAUACUUUGGGUCCAGAGAGGUUACAGAAAUCGGUGCUUACAGUGUCACUGGGGACCACUUGACAAAACUGUUGUUACUGGUCACGAUGACGGUGUUAUUAACGUACCUUCUUAUGAGAUUUUUAUUAUUUAUAUAAACCUUGUGGUCUGGAACGCAUAUGAUGGAUCACAUUUGAAGAGACUGGAAGCCCACAAGCUCUCAGUAUCAUCGAUUUCUUUCGAUCUCUACAGCCUUCUGAUGUUGUCUUGCUCAUCUGAUGGAACUGCUAAGUUGUGGGAGACUGCAACAUGGACCUGCAUUAAGAAUUACAAGACAGACAGACCUCUCAAUGCCUGUGAUAUAUCACCUGUAUUUAAUGUCGAGGAUGGCAAAAAGGCUCACAUUCUUCUAGGAGGAGGUCAGGAAGCAGACCAGGUCACAACUACAGCCGCUUCAGAGGGUAAAUUUCAAGCUUUAAUUUACAAUUUGAUUCACGAGGAAGAGGUUGGUAGCAUUAAGGGUCACUUUGGUCCCAUUAACACUUUGACAUUUUUGUCUGACGGUUCUGGCUACGUUAGCGGCGGCGAGGAUGGAUUCGUCAGGAUUUACCACUUUGAUCGUGACUACAUUCUAGAUAAAUAUGACUAG